CACACAGCUGGACGCUUCCGCGGAGAGUCGGUCCACCGGCGCCCGGGCGUGCCCGCGGGGAGUGCCUGAGGAGCCGCACCGCAGCACAGGCCGCCCUUCGCCUUGCCGGCCAUGGCCGCGCGUCUCCUGCUCCGCGGCUCCCUGCGCCUUUGGGGCGGCCGCUGUGCGCCGUGCCCUCCGCUCGCCGCGAGAUGCUCUCAUUCUGGAGCAGAACGACUGGAAACACCUUCUGCUAAAAAAAUGACAGACAUAGGAAUUAGAAGAAUCUUUUCUUCAGAUCACGAUAUUUUCCGAGAAAGUGCAAGGAAAUUUUUUCAAGAAGAAGUGAUUCCUCAUCAUUCAGAAUGGGAGAAAGCAGGAGAAGUGAGCAGGGAGCUUUGGGAGAAAGCUGGAAAACAGGGACUACUCGGGAUCAACAUUGCAGAGCAUCGCGGUGGCAUUGGUGGGGACUUGCUAUCAUCAGCCAUUGUGUGGGAGGAACAAGCAUAUUCAAAUUGUACAGGUCCGGGUUUUAGCCUUCAUUCAGAUAUCGUCAUGCCCUACAUUGCCAACUACGGCACAGAAGAGCAGGUUAAGCGCUUCAUCCCCCAGAUGACUGCUGGCAAAUGUAUUGGGGCCAUAGCGAUGACAGAGCCUGGUGCUGGAAGUGACUUACAAGGAGUAAGAACAAACGCCAAAAAGGAUGGAAGUGAUUGGAUUCUUAAUGGAAGCAAGACGUUCAUCACUAACGGAUGGCUGAGUAAUGUCGUGAUUGUCGUCACAGUCACCAACCGUGAAGCUCGCUCUCCUGCCCAUGGCAUCAGCCUUUUCCUGGUGGAAGAUGGAAUGAAAGGGUUUAUUAAGGGAAAAAAGCUAAAUAAAAUGGGAUUAAAAGCCCAGGAUACUGCAGAACUGUUCUUUGAAGAUGUCCGGUUGCCAGCGAGUGCCCUACUUGGAGAAGAGAAUAAAGGCUUCUAUUACCUCAUGCAAGAGCUUCCACAGGAAAGGUUGCUAAUUGCUGACUUGGCAGUUUCAGCCAGUGAAUUCAUGUUUGAAGAAACCCGGAACUAUGUGAAAGAAAGAAAAGCUUUUGGGAAGACAGUUGCACACAUACAGACCGUGCAGCAUAAACUAGCAGAAUUAAAAACGGACAUCUGUGUGACCAGAGCAUUUGUGGACAGCUGUCUCGAGCUACAUGAUAAGAAACGUCUGGACUCUGCCACUGCUUCCAUGGCGAAAUACUGGGCAUCUGAGUUACAAAAUCGAGUGGCUUAUGAAUGUGUACAACUUCACGGAGGUUCAGGAUACAUGUGGGAGUAUCCAAUUGCGAAAGCUUAUGUGGAUGCCCGAGUUCAGCCAAUCUAUGGUGGCACCAAUGAGAUCAUGAAGGAACUGAUUGCCAGAGAGAUCGUCCGUGACAAGUAGACAUCUACCCGCAUCCUGGAAUCCUAUUACAACUAAUCUGGUUUUAAAUCUGCUGCUGGGAAGGGGGAAUGCUAACCAUAUUUUUGUACAGCCUCCUUGUAGGAAAACAAGUCAAAUAAAAAUAUUAACACAGCAGAAAGAAAUUUUUCAAUCCCGCUAUUCAAAAAUUCUCCAGUAUAAGAUUUAAUUAACCUUUAUUUUUUUUAAUACAGUUGAAGGUUAAAGAUUUGCAAGGUACAGAAGCCUUAAUUUUUCAUUUAUCUCUGUAAUUCUGAAAAAGCAUGAAUUACCUAAACCUGUAUAACAUUAAGCCAGGAAUAAUUCAAUGUUGCUACAGUAUGAAAACAUUUAUGAUGUUUAUAACAUAUUGACGGUGUCUUCAGCUACCUUAGCUCCAAAUUUUCUGGAACAGUGGUUCCACCAGCCUAUCCCAAUGCAUUUUGAAACUCUUCACUCAAAUAUUGUACCCUAUAAUUAUUUACAGUUGUCACAUAUUAAUUAAAGAUUAAAUAAAGCUUUUAAGAAUAA